AAAUUUUGACAGUUCACAAAAAUUUUUGCAAGCCGUUGUUGGACGCUUUUAUUUUUCUUUCCUUCAGCAACAAAAAUAAUUAACAAAAAAAAUCAUAAAAAUCUAAUAAACUAAAUCAAAAAACAAAACAAUUUCUCUUUAAAAAUGAGUGCUGGUAAUAUGUUAUAUGGUGGUGAUGAAAUUGGAGCUCUAGUCUUCGAUCCAGGCCAUCAUUCACUUCGUGUCGGCUAUGCCCAAGAAGACACACCAAAAGCCGAAAUUCCAUCUGUUGUCGGCGUUGGCCCUGAAGAUCCAGAAACAUCAACUGAUUUAGAAACAAAAAGUGAUAAUAAUAUCACUCAAAAUAAUAGCGAUGCUAGAAAAUACUAUGUUGACACCACUUACGUCAACGUCCCACGAGCUAAUAUGGAAAUUCAAACUUACAUGAAAGAUGGCAUGAUUGACAAUUGGGAUCUAUUUGAAAAAGUCAUUGAUUACACUUAUUCCAAGGUCAUUCAAUCUGAACCCGAAUAUCAUCCGGUUUUGUUCUCAGAAGCUUCCUGGAACGUUCGCAACAAUCGCGAGAAACUUACCGAACUAAUGUUUGAGAAAUACAAUGUUCCAGCAUUCUUUUUAGUAAAGAAUGCUGUUCUAGCUGCUUUUGCAAGUGGGCGGGCUUCAGCUCUCGUUGUGGACAGUGGAGCAACUCACACUUCGGCUGUUCCAGUUCACGAGGGAUUCGUUCUAUCCCAGGCUGUUGUCAAGUCUCCAUUAGGUGGAGACUACCUGUCUCUACAAUGUCGACAAUACUUGGAAGCUCAAGGAAUCGAUCUUACUCCAGUUUAUAAAAUCGCUGCCAAAGAUGUGGUCAAGGAGCGUGACAAUGCUCGUUGCACUUUGCGCAAGCUCCCAGACAAUCUGACUCAAUCUUGGCAGAAUUACAUGCAAAAGAGUUUACUGCAAGAUUUCCAAAUGAAUAUUUUACAAGUCUUGGAGAAUCCUUACGAUGAGCGAGUGGCUGCUCAGAUUCCCUCAGUUCACUACGAAUUCCCUAAUGGCUACCAUCAGGAAUUCAGCUCUGAAAGAUUCAAGUUGGCUGAGAGCCUAUUCGAUCACACUAUGCUGGGAGCCGGUCAAUUGGCUUCGACAAGUGUGGGAAUGUGCGAUGCUGAUGUUAGACUAUCGCUUUUUGGUUCUGUUGUCGUCACUGGCGGGAAUACUCUUCUCCAGGGCUUCCCAGAACGUCUAAAUAGAGACCUCCAGCACCGAGCACCAUCCAAUACUCGAUUAAAGAUGAUCUCGGCAAAUGGCAGUGUGGAACGUAGAUUUGGAGCUUGGAUUGGAGGAUCGAUUCUAGCAAGCAUAGGAACAUUCCAACAGAUGUGGAUUUCGUCGCAAGAGUAUGAGGAAUCUGGCAAGAGUCAAGUCGAGCGCAAAUGCCCUUAAAUUUAUGUAACUUUUCCCAUUUAACAAAAUUUAUUUCUUAAAAAUUAAAAUAUAAACCCAUUUUUGUGUAA